UUUUGAACCCCAACAGCCUGCAUACGAACCGUCCGUGCUCGAAAGGACGCCGCGACGCAAGGAAGGAAUUAGGGCAAAAAGGAGAAGGAGAAGGGGUCUGGGGGCCAAUGGAGAGCGCGAGGGAGGCUCGUCGAAGGAAGAUACUGGAGCGAGGAUCCGACCGCCUCGCCUUCAUCACCGGCCAGUCCCCAUCCCUUACUCCUUCCUCCUCCUCCAGUUCGCCUCUUCCUCCCACUCUCCAACCUCAACAACAUCAAGAGCAAGAGAAUCCACGAUCCACCACCACUACCACCGAUGAUCUCCAUCACAUUGAUGCAGCUGGCAUGGAGGAGCACAAACAUCAACCAAUCGAUCAAACCUUCGAUACCAAAGUGGAGGAUGAUGAAGAAGAACUGUUCCCUGAACGUGAUGCAGAUGGAGAGUUCUCAAGUUGUGAGACAAGCAGUGAAUUUGCAAAAUGCAAGAUGGGCAAAAGAUUUCAAGGUGGGAUGAGAAAGGAAGCUGCAGCUAAUGCAGAGCAAGAUGGUAAGAUUGCAGAACCGUCAACCAGUCCACUAGUGCACAUAUCAUCAGAUCAAGUGGUUGAUACAGCUCCUUACGUAAAUUCACCAAUGAUUCACCAAGUUUUGACAUCCAAGCAAAUCAGUUGUGCCAUCUCAGCUUCUGAGAAUAUCCGUUUACUAUGUGCUGUCAGUAUAGCCCUUUUGGUAGUUAUGUCAACCCGUGGCUAUUGCUUUGGAAUAAUACCAAACUUGAGGCCGCUUUAUCUAGUGUUGCUAACUGAUACAACGGUCAUCAUCGGGCACCUAUUUGUAAGCCAAAAAAGUUACGGUAAAGAUGGGGAAGAAGCAAGGAGGACAAGGCAAGAGGAAUUUGGUUUGGCCAAUAACAUAGGUAAUGCACUGGAGAUUGGCCUGCUUUUCCAGAAAGCUUUGAAUGCUGCCUUCAUGGACUGCAGCAUUUGUGCAGUUAUCAUGAUCUCUGGCCUUGCAGUUUAAGCCUUUCCUAUUGACAUAUUUCUCUGGCCAAGUUAAAUGGGCAAAAGACAGUCCUGCUGUAUUAAAUCAAUGUAUUGUAUUUGCUGUUUUCAUGGGACAUACAUUGGCAUAAAAUUGAAUAUGGUAGAAGCUUGUGAUGUCUCUGAAUUCACAAGGUUUGCAUUGAAGCAUUAGAUACAUUGCAAUGAUAAGUAGAAACUUGUACUUGAAACACUAUUAUAUGUUAACGUUUCAGUUGUGGUAUCUUAUAUUUAAUGCUUCCUAUUA